AUGGCCACAUCCCAGCCAGCGUCCUCCUCUGGCACCCAGGAUGCGAACCCCAUCAGUACCAUCCCGGUGGGCCUGAAGGAGGCCGCUCUCGAUUCACCGACCUUUCGCGCAAGCGCCUUGCAUUUCGCUGAGCAGAUCGAUCUUGUGGAGAAAUGGCUGGAUGGAGUGGCCAGGAGCGCCGUCAGGCUGAACUCAGAGCUCGCGUCGCUUGAAACUGCGGCAAACGCGUUGAUCUCCAAUAUCCCAGCCCCGGCCGCUAUCUCGGAAGCGGCCAUCGAUCAUGAUUAUGCAUUCUUUGCCUUGAGACGACACGGGGAGAUUGUGAAAGAUUUUUGGAACGCUGUCAUCUCAACUGUUAAGAAGUCCGACUCGUUGAUUGCGGAACCUAUACGGGCGUUCAUCCAGAAUGAUUUGCGACAGUUCAAGGAAACGCGUCGUACACUUGAAGUAACCCAAAAACAACAUGACACUUUACAAGCGAAAUAUUCUGCUCAGGGCAAAUCGAAGGAACCGUCUUCGUUGCGAGAAGAUGCCUUCCAGUUACACGAAGCUCGCAAAGCCUACUUGAAAGCGUCGAUGGACUUUUGUGUCCAAUCGCCGCAGAUAAAAAAUGCGCUCGACAAACUCAUCGUGCGCGUUUCAUUCGAUCAAUGGCGGGAGUUCAGGAUUUUGCGCGAAGCCAAUUCGUUGGCGUAUUCAAAAUGGGGCCAGGAGAUGGAUAGAAUAAAGGGCUGGUCCAACGAGAUUGAGACAAGUGAGAAACUAUCAAAACGUGACCUGCUCGCCGCUAGAAAGCAAAUCGAAGAGGCUGCUGAGCUGGCUGUUCGGCCAUCUCGAGAACUUGACGAUUAUUCGGUAUCUACAGUGCCAUAUCUAGGCUCACACGGUCCCGCUUCACUUAAGAUGGGGAAGGACCAUACCUUCCGGCCCGAAAAACAAGGUUGGUUGAACUUGAGGAUCCUUACUGGGAAACCUACAAGAACGGCCUGGGUCCGCCGUUGGACCUUUUUGAGGCAUGGGAUCUUCGGGUGCCUGGUACAUAGCUCUCGAACCGGCGGCGUGGAAGAAAGUGAGAGAAUCGGGGUUCUUCUAUGCAGUAUUCGACCUGCAUUUCAAGAGGAACGCCGAUUUUGCUUUGAGGUCAAGACUAAGAACAAUACUAUAUUGCUACAAGCUGAGACUCAAAAGGAGCUCACAGAAUGGAUCGGGUCUUUUGAAGCGGCCAAGAGAAAAGCCCUCGAUAGUCCUUUUCCAGCUUCCCUUCCUGGAAAUCCGCAAGUCCAAGACCCUGCUUUCUCAAUAUCUCAGCCGCCGGCACCUGAGUUUGCUGCAGAUACCUCGGAGUCCCUCACACCCGGUGCAAAUGAUGAACCUUCCAUCAUAGACCGAGUUUGUACUGCCCCGCUUACAGACCGUGAUGGUUUUGCAAUCCGGAAUAGUAGCGACCUGCCAUCAAGGCGGUCCACUGCAGUCGAGCAUGAGGUGGAAAGCGGCGGAAGGGACCAUGCAAGUAGGCUUAUUCAAAAGCUCGAUAUCCAUCGACGUGCCGCAACAGGAUUACAACAAACCAGUACUUCAUCACCUCAGUCCAAUACGCCUGGUAUAGCUUCCCUGAUAGCUGCCAGUCACACUCUCCUCCCUCUCGGCGCGCAAGCAUCCGGAAACGCCCCAGAAAAUGAAUAUAGACAGCGGUAUCCCAACAUAUUUAAUUACAACACUCGAGAUGGCCCGGUGGGAUCCCUUGCACCUCCAACCUUGGCGAAUCCUCCUACACCUACUAGUAUGAGUAGAGCAGCGGUGAUUGUGAGCAGUGAAAUCGGAUUUGGGGUCAGAAUCCCAGAUGGGACAGGGGCAAUGCCCAGCGGUAUGAUGGCAAACCUUUGGGGAAGUUCACAUUGGGGUUAUAUGAACAGUUUGGAGUGUAAAGGAGUACCUGUAUUGGCGGAAGGAACUGAUGGCCAGCCCAAGGGAUCUGUUGAAGAAGCUCCAAGGAAUUGCAGCCCGCCCGAAGAUGAUCGUCUCGCAGGUCGCCACAGACAAACUGUUAGUCUUGAUGGUGGCAAUCCAUCAACUCUGAAGGACGGUGCCACGGUUGCAUCCGAGUAUCCCAGCUAUUAUCCUGCACAGCUAAAACCACACGACGCACAGUUUCGACUUCUUUUCCCCAAUAUUGCAAAAGAUGAAACUCUUGUUUUUGUAUUUCGAGCCUGUUUAAGUUUGAAUGACCAUCACGACUUCCCGGGAAGAGCAUACGUCACGACAAGACGCAUCUAUUUUUACAGCAAUCAUUUCAGUCUCGUGUUUACAAGUUGUGUCGACCUCGAUAUGAUUACUGAUGUCACGGCUGCUCCCGGUAGAGAUUGCGACUUCUUGUUCCUUCACCUAGAUGUUGAAGAGGGAAACGAUAUCCCACGUCGACUUACAAUAAAAACUUUUUUGGACUCUAUGAAAAUGAUCCAUAAGAGGCUGAAUUAUAUAGUCAACAUGUCGCAGGCGAAGGAACCACCCAAUUUGGAGAAAAUAUUUAAAUCUUUGAUAAAAAUGGAGGAUAUUACACGGACACCAAGUAUGGAGAGUUGGGAAGAUGUCUCCCUGAACACCCCAGUCGAUGGGGCGUCGCGUAACGUUGCCGGGAAACGUUCUGAUACCCCCUUUAAGCCAGAAUUACGCCCUGACCAUGACUUGAAUAUGAAUAAACGCAAGCAUGAUCACGACUCACUUCGAAUAAAGUUGCCAUCUCAGCCCGUCCACUAUGUGCCGCAGGGUGCCCCUCUCCUAGCUGCCGAGAAAUUCUAUGAUAUCAGUUCGAAAGCCUUGUUCCAUGUUCUAUUUGGGGAUAAAAGUGCUGUUUGCCAACUGCUUCAACAUCAGCGGAGUGCCCAAAGACGACUACGCCUCACUGAUGUAUCUGACUAUCAAAUCGUUGAUGUUCUAAACGACCACUUGUGCUACGUAGUUACUGAUAAACGGACGCCGUGGCAUCUGCCUUUUAAACGCUAUUUCAGGCUUGUUAGUAAAAUUGUUAUUACCUAUGUCUCAAAAUCAAGAUGCAAGCUUGCCAUAUUCACCAAGGUGGAAUGGCUAUGGGAACCAUAUAUCAUUCGAAGCAUAAUCGAUAGGCAAGCCCUGAACGAUCUUGAACAGGAUGCGCUUGAUCUUGUGGAUCUUGUUUCCGAAGAGGUUAAACGGCUUGGCUCCCAUAACCAAACAAAAAUGGCUAUAGCACUAUUCGGCCACAUUGGCCGCCAAACUCGAGGCACUGAAUUUACUGAGGAUUCGCAAAACUUAAAACCCUAUCUUCGCCGUCCCCUCAAGCAAAGUGGUAUCAUCCCACUUCUACUUGAAACUUCCGGGUCUUUGUUACAGAGUGCAGUAUCGUCGUUGAUGAUUUGGUUUUGGGGGUUGCUUCGAUGGCUGUGGAAAACUUGCAGAGCUCACAGCAUCAUACUCCUGUUGCUCGCGUUUAGCGUGCUUAUUAAUGCUUUCCAUUCGUACCAUGAUACCGUUGAAUGGUGGCAUGAGCGUAAUGCCGGCAACUUCAUGACCCGGCUUGGUGUUGGACCUAAUCGUGUUAUGAGCAAGGCGGUAUAUAUUAAAGACAUGGAUGAUGCGAUUGCUAAUACUACAGGUAUUGACAUAAGCAAUCCAGGUUCUUGCUUCUCAACUUUCCGCGAGAGCAACGCUUUAGGAUUUUCAGAUAUGCCACGAAUAAUCACACCCUCUGAAACCAACACCAAGGAUUCCAGGGCAAAAGGCGCAAGGCUGCAGCUGCAACGGACGAGAGAGCGGCUAGGGAUCUACCGACACAACCUCCUUGUUGCCUUAAGGGUGGUUAACCGGAUAGAAAAUGAAGUAGUCCAGGCGGAAUGGGAACGCUGGCUCCAACAGGAAACGCAGAAGUGCCACGCGAUCGAGACUCUACUGAAAGAUCGGGAACGAUUAAAUGACCGCGACGGCAGCGAUGAGACGGUUUCGGAUUUGAAGCAGCGGUUCGCAGCGACGGAUAUUGAAGAUAUCCAGUAUUGGUAUGAGGAUUAUUGUUUGAGUUGCCAGCAGGAGCUGGAGAAGAUUCGUGGUUGA